AUGGAUCCAUCCACAGAAGUCCAGACCCACAAAGACAAAAGACUAUCCACUCUCCGGACCUCAAUUACAAACCUAGAGGCCAAGCGCGUGGAGCUCGAAGCCGAGCUGUCCUCCAUCACCGCCAAGCUUGAACAUGACCCCAACGCCACAGUGCAACGCCAUAUCCAGCUCUUGCAUGAUUACAAUGAGAUCAAAGACAUUGGGCAAGGCUUGAUGGGGAUUAUUGCCGAUGCGAGGGGUGUGAGGCAGGUUGAGGUCGAGAAGGAGUUUAGGGUUGGGGAAAAGGAUUGA